AUGAGACGAGCCAGAGUAGACAGGUUUUUACAAUUGAGGCAGAAUGGCAGGAGCAUCAGAGAUUAUAGCCUUGAGUUUGACUCGUUGGCGAGACAUGCGCUAGCUAUUGUAGCUGACAUGGCUGAUAGAGUGCAUCGGUAUGUGAUGGGGCUGGAUCGUUAUUUGAUUGAUAGCUGUAUGGCAAUGGCUUCUCAGCCAGGUAUGGACAUUGCUCGGGUACAGGCAUAUGCACAGGGGGUAGAAGAUCGGCACAGAGGGCGUCAGCCCGAUAGAGAUCAUGAUAGAGGCCAGCGUAAAAGAGCUAGAUCAGCUAGUUAUUCUGGGGAAUUUCAAGGCGGGCAGCCUCAGCAGUACAGUAGAUAUCCUUCUCAGCCAGCCCAGAGUGCACCCCCACAAUUCAAAGGUAGUAGAUUCGAUAGCACAGGGUAUUCAGGAUCCGGUCAGAGCUCCAGGGUUUCAAGUUCACAGAUAAACAGGGGUUCGCGUCAGUCGAGACCACCUUUGCCUCGGUGUCCUCGUUGUGGUAGGUCACAUUUUGGAGAAUGUCGUUUUUCUACAGGUGCAUGCUUUACUUGCGGCCGUCAAGGCCAUAUUAUGAGGGAGUGUCCAUUUAGGGGUAAUUUAAGUGGUGCAGCUCAGCCUACUGGGUCAGUUGUUGGCUCAUCUUCUUCUGUAGCUAUGCGCCCUGUGGGGCAGGGUAUUCAGAUAACAGCAGGCCGUGGUAGAGGCCGUGGUGGAUCUUUCAGUUCUAGCGGUCCUUCAAACCGCAUAUAUGCCUUGGCUAGUAGACAAGACCAGGAGGCGUCGCCAAAUGUAGUUACAGGUACAGAUACUUAUUUUGGAGAGCCGCCACCUUAGGAUUCUACUCAACGGGUUGAAGUGCUCCAUUGUCUCGGAGCCUAAACUUUUGGUACUAAUCCUUAUAAUGUAUAUAUUUGUGUAUUUUGGGGGUACGGCGGGGCCCUGUCUCGUCAUAUGCUAUUGUUAAUCCUCUUAGAGGUCUGUAGACACAUGAGUGGGUUGUAUGUAGAUAUUGUCUGAUGUACUAGUAUGGCAUAUGUUUUUGGACAUUUACAUUCGGAGUGAAAGCCUUGUCGGCUUACGUAUUAUGUUAUCUUAUUUUUGACAAUUAAGACUCCCCAAGAAAUAGCUAAUUUUGGUAUAUAUAUAAGUGACAGUUUGAGACAA